AUGCAAUUGAAAGUUCAAUUACGUGGUCCAAAUGCCAAGGUUCCUACAAAGGGCUCCACUUCAGCUGCUGGUUAUGAUAUGUAUUCAGCUGAGAAGACUUUGAUCCCCAAGCGUGGCCAAAACUUAGUCUCAACUGAAAUCUCCAUUACAGUUCCACAAGGUACUUACGGUAGAGUUGCACCACGUUCAGGUCUUGCCGUAAAGAACGGUAUUCAAACCGGUGCUGGUGUUAUCGAUAGAGAUUACACUGGUGAAGUUAAAGUCGUCCUGUUCAAUCACACUGAUAAGGACUUUGAAAUCAAUGUUGGUGAUAGAAUUGCUCAAUUAAUCCUGGAAAGGAUCGUUGAAGAUGCAUCUGUUGUCGUCGUCGAAAGUUUGGAUGAAACUUCAAGAGGUACAGGUGGUUUUGGAAGCACUGGACAUGCCUAA